GCAGUACCCUGGUGGACAUAGACCCUAUGAGCGUUAUUACACGCUAUAGUAGGCCUACAUAAUUAUCAGAUGAAGCACAGGAGUGGCGAAAGACCCACAGGUCUGAUACUAUCAGGAGUGAAUAAUAGAGAUUCUUUAUUAUUUACUUCUGAUAGUAUUACUACCGAGAACCGGUCAGUGACAGCGAGAGAUUAGGUGUCUGAUCCCUUGGUGAAAGCUGAACGUGAUGUUUACAUGUACAGAGCAUACUUAGCACAGAGAAAGUAUGCUGUUGUUCUGGAUGAAAUCCAUUCAGCUUCACCACCAGAGCUGCAAGCAAUCAGGCUAUUUGCUGACUACCUAGCUAAUGAGGCAACCAGAGAUGCAUUGCUAAAGACAUUAGACAGCAAAAUGAGUGCAAGUCUCGACAUUUCAAACCACACAUUCUUAUUAAUGGCUGCAUCUGUGUACUGCCACGAACAGAACCAUGAUGCAGCUCUGCGUGUGUUGCACCAGUCGGAGAACCUCGAGUGCAUUGCGCUGAUGGUGCAGAUCCAAUUGAAGAUCAAUCGACCUGACUUGGCAAGGAAAGAGUUGAAGAGAAUGCAGGAUGUAGACGACGAUGCAACACUCACGCAGCUUGCACUUGCCUGGUUCAACAUGACUGUCGGAGGUGAAAAGCUACAGGAUGCCUUCUACAUCUAUCAGGAGCUGUGCGACAAAUACGGUUCCACGCCUCUCCUUCUCAAUGGUCAAGCCAAUUGUUUGAUGCUGCAGAACAAGUUUGAUGAUGCUGAGGGCUUGUUACAGGAGGCCCUGGAAGUGGACAGCAAUAAUCCAGAGACACUGAUCAAUCUCAAUGUCGUUUCCCAACAUCUUGGCAAGCCAUUUGAGGUAUGUUGUAUGUGUAGCAUGCAAUACUACGUUGAGAGUGUGAUAAAAAAAACCAGUUGAGCAAUUGUAUGCAAC